AUGAUCCCUCGAAUCGCCCAGGAACGUUUCCGUUUCGCGUAACCAAUGUCCGAGUAAAAAAAAGUUGUCAGUGGAGCGCGUUAUCUUUUUUCCAAUCAUCAAGGUUUCGAAAUAAAACUAUCAAAGUGUCAUUUAUUUCAUUAUCCACUACCGGCUGAGAGAGAAGAGGGUUUAGAGAAGUCAGAGGGUUCUGAGACGUGACCACUUUAGUAGCGUCUGCACUCUUAAGUGGCCCCUAGAAUCGCCCAGAAAAUUCUGGAGCACGUCCGUUUCCCAUUACCAAUGUCCGAGUAGUUUUUUGAAAAAAAAAGUUGUCAGUGGAGCGCGUUAUCUUUUUUCCAAUUAUCAAGGUUUCGAAAUAGAACUAUGAAAGGGUCUUUUAUUUCUCUAUGCUCCACUACUGGAUGAGAGAGAAGAGGGUUUAGAGAAGUCAGAGAGUUUUGAGACGGGACGAGUGACAAAUUUUCUCAUUCAAAGCUGAUAGAAAUCCCGAUUUUUCUUUCAGAAACGUCGAAAAGCUGGAUCCGAUGAAGGAGAAGCUCGCGGAGAAGGAGCUGGAGCUGAUGAGUGUCCGGCUUCAGGUGGAGAACGAGAAGCUGGCUGCGGAGCGGAUGCGAACUCGGGCCUUUCAACAAGAGUUCGAGGCGAACCUCGCCAAGGCCGAGUACUAUAGGAAGAUGGCCAGCAAAAUUUCUUCAUCCCAAUGUUCAUCCUGA